CUUUGGCUGUAACGAAAAGUCAUCAUGUGCUCCUUAGCUGUUCGUUCUUCACGAGCGGUUCUUCGAGGGGAUCUUAAAAGACUAUUUCAGAGAUCUUUAUCUACUACCAGUAUGAAUUUAUUCAAGAAAAGUGAGACAUCUACAGAUAAAGGAGGAUAUUCUGCUAGAACAGGUGAAAUUCGUAAGAAAGAAUUUGAGGAAAUCAGAUCAGAGAUGGACUCGACCUCCGGCUAUGCAUUUAUUUCCUUUAUGUCAUGUGUGCUGGUUUAUUUCCUCUACAUGUCCUUUAAAACUGAAAAUGAUAGUGACAUUAAAUCAAAUUUGCGACUGUUAAAACUUGAUGAAAAAAUGUGUAUAAAAGCUAUAGCUCACAUUCUUCAAACUGGAACUCACCAAGACACUUUGUUUUAUCAGAAGAAAUUGGUGGAUAUACAAAAAGAAAUCAAGGAAAAUGAAGACAAAUUGGAAGGAUUGGAAUGACCUUUUGUUUGAAGAAGUAAAGUUUAUAAUGAAUAUAAUUCAGUAGUUUUUGCAUAAUUCAGUUUCUGAUGUAUAUUUGUUGUCCUAUAAUUUCAUGAACAAUUUGAAGUUAAUGUCAUCUUUGUACAGAAUUGAAUAAGUUCGUUCUGGAAAAUAGUAUAGAGAGCCAAGGAUAAAAAACAUAUAGAUUCCUUGUCACAUACACAGCAUGCAUGUUAUAGCAAGUUUUAAGAUCAGUGAGGAACUGAGAAAUAAUUGAAUGUGUGCAUAUGUACAGUAUGUAAAUGAUAUAUGUAUAAAAUGAUUAUGUAAAUGACGCUUUGUUGACUGAUAAUCAAUAGUUUUGUUUCAUUGACAACUGUUCAAAAUCAGUCAACUUAUGAAAAUUUGAAUAAAGAGUUUGUAAUUUU